AUGCGCUCAUGAGAUUCGUGAAAAGCAUGAUUAAGUAUUACUUAAGGGGUUCGUUUGAGAAAAUAAAGUUAUUCGAAGUUUGCCUAUAGUUAACGUAGCAGCAGUUCGUUAUUGUGGUAUGUCUGACUCCGAGAAACUUCUAGAUUCUGACCAUGAAUAUUUGCCUGGUCCUAGUGUACAUUCGUUGCCUGAUGGUAGUUCUGCACAUCAUACUGGUAAUAACGACUUGGUGGAUACAUUCUCGCUGUUUAAAACCUAUCUUGACGGGAAGAUCGCUACUCUUCACAAAGACUUGGCCGUUGGCAAUGAGAACUUCGCUACCAAACUCAAGCAAGAAGUGUCAGUUAAACUUAAAGGUGAGGGUAACCAGAUACAGUUCAAUUUCAAUUGUGAAAUUAUGGCCGACCUUGUUAAGCUUCAGAAGCGUAUUCCUGAUGAAGAUGCAGCAUGUCUUAAAUUGGUAUCUGGUGCUAUCCUCAAAGUUAAGAAGCGUAAUAAACUCAUCCGCAUUGCAGACAAAUCUCCCGCAGGCUGGAAAACCGUCCGCGAAUAUGAGAGUGACGACCUUGCCUCCGACUCAGAAGAUGAGAAACGCAUUCGUUCUGCAGAAAGCCGUGCCAUUAGGAGUAUCAAGGAAAAGAAAAGACCUCAUCCUUAUAGAACCGUUACAGCUACUGUUUCUGCUCCUCCUGCUCCAAUGCCCAAUCAACACAAUGUUCGACAAAACAAUUAUCAACAGCCGCCCUUUCGGACCAGCAGACGGAGGCAACCCUCAUCUCAUGACAUCUGUUACAACUGCAACCAGCUUGGUCACUGGCGAACUCAGUGCCCCCUUUUCAGUACAAAACCAGCUGUCCCAGGGACAUCACGGCAACAGAGUUAA